GUUUUGUUUUUUGUUUUUGGUUGUAAAAGAAGCUAAUUUUGGUUUAAUGACCAAAAAAGAAUCCUCCCUAUUAGAAAAAUAACAAGAAAAAGAAAGCUUGAUGAAGCCUCUGAAUGAUUCCCAGAAGGAAUUGUUGGUUGAAAGCUCAAGUUAAGAAGCAAAAAGGGCGGGGAUUAUUCUCAUCCUCCUUGUAAAAGAAUUGGUGGGCUAUUAUGGUUUUCUUGAAGGAGGGAGGAAGAAUGAAAAAAUUCGGGAGCUUUUUUUAAUGUAGGAAUUUUGGGGAAGGGCUUGCAAUUCUUGAAAUAUCAGUACUGUGUGUUGGAUUUUGCUUUUAUGGCAGGGAUUUUUGUUCGAUUUUGGGCUUUUCGAAAUGCAGUUAACAAAUAAGUGAUUAUAUUGCAUAUUUUGUGUAUGCGUUUUUGAGAAAGAGGGAUCUUGGAAACAUGUAAAUGCUGGGAGGGAGGAGCUCUUGAGGGGAUUAUUUUACAGAAAAAGCAAUUCCUAAAAUUUGUGGGUUUCUAAGUUACGCCUUUCCUGCUAAUGCUUUUGGUGAUGUGAUUACAUGAGGCUGGUGAUGGUGAAUGGCUUACUUCCUAAGUAAUUAAAGGGGAAAAAUCAAAUAUCGAAGAGGUGAUGAGUAAUCUGCACAAAUAUUAUAGAGCAUCUUGGGAGGUGUCGUCUUAAUUGCUCGAACGGGUACGCCUUUCAUCAAUUUUACGCAACAUUUCAGAUUCCCCUUCAAUGGAGAAGACAGAUGCCCCAUAUGCUCGACUUCCAGAAAUGGCAUUGCAUCUUAGUAAAGAAGAUUCUCUAAAAGAACAAUGUGACCUAUUCUCUGGGGAGUGGAUUCCAAAUUCUUCAGGACCGCCUUACACCAAUUCAAGCUGCAGUUUCAUAGAUUCAUAUCAAGAUUGUUUGACAAAUGGGCGGCCUGAUACAAGAUAUCUUUAUUGGAAAUGGAAACCUUAUGGUUGUGGCGUAUCUCCCUUUGAUGCAGAGAAAUUCUUGAAAGCCAUGCGAAACAAAUCUUGGGCAUUAAUUGGUGAUUCAAUUUUCCGCAACCAGAUGGAGUCGUUGCUUUGCCUUCUUUCUCAGGUGGAAGAAGCUGUUGAGAUCUAUCACGAUGAAACAUAUCAAUCCAAAACGUGGUACUUCUCCUCCCACAACCUCACUCUUGCAUUAAUCUGGUCUCCUUUUCUGCUCAAAGCUGAGAUAAAAGAUUUGGGCCACUCAAAUUAUGAUAUUCAGCUUCAUCUUGAUGCCCUUGAUAAUACGUGGACAAGCCAGUAUAAUAAGUAUGACUACAUCGUGUUGUCUGGUGGACAAUGGUUUCUCAAAACAAGUAUUUUCUGGGAGAACAGCACCAUCAUCGGCUGCCACUACUGUCCUGGGAAGAACUUAAGAGAACUUGGGAUGGACUAUUCUUACCAAAAAGCCCUGGAACUGGCUUUCCGCUUCAUUACCACAUCUGAUCACAAGCCGCUCGUCGUUUUUAGGACUUGGACAGUGGACCACUUCGAGUAUGGGGAGUGGUACGAUGGUGGGAUUUGCAACAGGACAGAACCUUACAAAGAAGGUGAGUUUAGUCGUGAUCCAGCAGACCAAGUUAUGCGAGGCCUGGAAAUAGCGGAGUUUGAGAAGGCAGCAGCAAUUGGAUUGGAGCAUGGGACGCACCUGAAACUCCUUGACAUUUACCAUCUUUCGCUGCUGAGGCCUGACGGACAUCCAGGCCCUUACAGGAAGCUUUACCCUGAUAUCAGCAAGAGACCCCAGAAUGACUGCCUUCACUGGUGCUUGCCUGGGCCAAUGGACACAUGGAAUGAUUUACUAAUGGAGAUUGUGCUGAAUGAGGGGCACCAGAGGUAUUCAUCCUGAGAGAAGAAAACCAUGCAUCCUCUGCAUCCGAGCAAAAUGAAUGAACCAAGAAGUUACUGGACUGGAGGAGAGAGCUCAUGCUCUUCUUGGUACAAAUUAUCAGUGAUUCAUCAUUAUAUUUUUCAUGCUUGCAAAUGUCAUAUCUUGGGACAUGGUUUCUUAUUAAAAAAAACAAAAACUCUCGCUCUCUCUCUCUCUCCCCCUCCUGUUUUCAGAACCAAUUCUGUUCAUCCUAGGUAGUAUGGUUUUAUUAUAUUGAUAAAGAUUGCUAAUAUGUUUUUUGGAAAUAGCUUGUGAUGUGAAUAUAAUAGUUGGUGGUAUUGUAUAUUUAUCUCUUGUUAGAA